AUGCCUGCUCCUAAAAAUGUACCGAAGCUUGUCUUGGCUGCUGCCGUCACGUCAAUCACCAUCGCAGGAACUCUUUACGGCGCUAGCGUUAAGACCGAACAAGAGGUUACUCAGACAGUCCAAAAAUCUCGAGAAGCUACAAUUGACGAACGAAUUGCGUCACUACGGGCCAUGCGACAGAACCUGACGUCUAAGAAGGGACUUGUCGAGAGACAGAUCGACGACCUUGAGAAAAGAAUCCAAGAGAGGGCACAGAAGGGCAUCGGCGAGAAAAAGGAGACACCCCAUAAUGGACGGUGA